AGAUAAGACGUUGUGUCUUACCAAACAGCUGGGUUCCGUCGGCUCUUACGAAGAAACGGCGUUUCAUGAGAUGCUGAAAGUCUUUCUAUUGAGGAACCCCACUAUGGAUCCUGACAAGACCUCCUAUGUGAGGUUGAAUGAGGAGAAAGUAAUUGCAAAGUCUGAUAUUUUGUCCCUUCUAAAAACAUACAACUGUUACCACGAGGGAAAAAGCUUCCAGCUUAGGAUUCGUGAGGAGGAGGGUGAGCUGUUCGUGGAGGGUUUACUCAACAUCUCCUGGGGCCUGAGGAGGCCAAUCAGACUCCAAAUGUACGAUGACAACGAAAGCUUUCGAUACGCCUGCACGGGUGCGUGGAGGUCGGAGAGCUCAGAGUCCAGCAGGAAUGAAAGUGCUGAACACCAGUUUUGUUCAGAGCCCAACAACAACAAAAUCAGUGCCUCACCUGCACCCAGUGUGCAUGGUGCUGAGGAGGACGUCCCUCAACUGCUGAGAACAAGAAGUGACGCAAGCUUUGUGAAUAUCCAAAGAAGACCCAAAAUCCACAACACUGAUGAUUCACAGAGGAUAAAAAGACACCGCUUCUCCAUCAAUGGCCAUUUUUACAACCACAAAACAUCAGUUUUUACUCCAUCAUAUGGAUCAGUGACUAAUGUGCGAGUGAACAGCACUUUGACAACACAGCAAGUUCUUAAGCUGCUUCUUACUAAGUUUCGAGUUGAGAAUAAGGCAGAUGAGUUUGGCCUCUACCUAGUCCACGAAUCAGGGGAGAAAACAAAACUUAAGGACACAGAAUAUCCUUUGGUAUCUCGUCUGUUGCAUGGUCCAUGUGAAAAAAUCGCCAGAAUAUUUAUUAUGGAAAAGGACCUUGGUGAAGAGAUUACAUAUGAUGUUGCACAGUAUAUUAAGUUUGAAAUGCCUGUUUUGGACAGUUUCAUCAAGAAAUUGAAAGAGGAGGAAGAGAGAGAGAUUUUAAAACUAACAAGAAAAUACAGUGCACUGAGGUCAAUGAUGUUGCAAAAAUUGGAUGGCAUCUCUAACACUACAUAUUAUGAGUGAGAAAAUAUGCUGGCAGUUUAGAUCAGAGGCAUCUUCUCUGUUGUACAGUCAACAGCAGUGAGACACAGAUUGCUAUAGUUUUAGGUUUUUCAUUUUGGUGAAGGCAUCAGUGCAAUAACUAGUAUAUAAAAAGUAUAGGCUACUGUAAUUAACAACUAGUAAUUAGCAACUGUAAGCAAUUCUCAGGCAUUACAAAUGACCUAGAAUGUUAUUUUAUGAUGAACUUAUGCUCCAUGACUUAAAAGACAAACUAUUUUUGUUUGUUUCUUAAACUUAGAACAUAUACACUCCUAACAUGUUUCUACAGUAUAUUACCUUUUAUACAUUUUAACAUAAAACUAAUAUAUGAGGAAUUGUGUUCAUUUGGUCUCAUGUUUGUUUUUCUAACAUACUGUACAGUGUCACGAGUUUUGUACUCGCAUAUAGAAUAUCUAAUUCAUGACACCUUUAAUAAAUUCCAGCAGACUUUGGACAGCAUUAAAAGUCAGUUUGCUAUUAUCAUUAUAUUUAAAAUUGAUGCUCAUGAACCUAUUCUUACAAUACAAUCUCUAUAGUGCUUUAUUACAUUAUCUCUUAAUCACUGUUUUAUCGCUUGAGAAAAAAUGUUGUGCUGUUUCCCUCAGGUUCACAAUGAGUAUUUCUUAUUGUUCUUUGAGUGACCCAUGAGUCAGUUCCCACAAGCGAUAAAAGCUCAUGUUAUUGAGACUAAAGACAUGAAGUCAGUGCCUUCUGGCUGGAGAGCCCAUGUUACACAGUGGGAGGCAUCCUGGGAACAAGGAACAUUACAUUACUCCAGGUGGUUCCCACUUCCUUUAAACUUUGCGCUUGUGUACGCUUGUCAGUCUUCUAUUCUACAAAACAU